AUGGAGCAACAAGCAGGAUCUUCUUCCAUCACUUACAAAUGGACUUAUGACGUCUUCAUUAGUUUCCACGGCGAAGAUACUCGCUUAGGUUUCAUUGGUCAUCUCCGCGAAGCUCUGCGUCAAAGAGGCAUUCAUGUCUUUAAAGAUGAUGAAGGAAUCAGGACAGGAGAAGGAAUCACAGCAGCACUUUUCAAAGCCAUAGGAGAAUCAAGAGUAGCAAUCAUAGUUUUCUCCAAAAAAUAUGCAAACUCGACCUUUUGCUUGGAAGAACUCUCAAAGAUUCUGGAGUGCUUCAAGGAGGAAGGUCGGCUGAUAUAUCCAGUCUUUUACUAUGUGGAUCCAUCAGAGCUUCGACGUCCAAGAAGAAGCUAUGCAAAAGCAUUGGUGAGACUGGAGGAACGAUUCAAAGACAAUAAAGAGAAGGUGCAAAAAUGGAGGUUGGCUUUGUCCCUAGCGGCUGAAUUGAAAGGCUGUCAUCUCAAACCCAAGAUUGCCAAUGAACAAGAGCACAUUGCUGGGAUUGUUAGUGAAGUCUCUAAUAGGAUUAAUCGUAAUAAGCCUUUAUCUAUUACAGAUUAUCCAGUUGGACUUGUGUCCCAAGCGAAGGAAUUAAUCUCAUGUUUAAAACUUGAGUCUACUAAGGAAACUAAAAUGGUUGGAAUUUGGGGAGCUGGUGGAAUAGGUAAAUCAACCAUUGCAAGAGCUGUAUAUAAUUUGAUUGGUGAUCUUUUUGAAGGUGCAUGUUUUCUUUCUAAUGUAAGGAAAAGGUCUAAAAAUAUUGGCUUGUCACAUCUGCAAGAGACACUACUCGAUCAAUUAGUCAUGGAGAAGAAUCUUAAAUUGGGUGAUAUUCAUGAAGGAAUACCAAUAAUAAAAUAUAGGCUUAGCCAAAAGAAAAUUCUUUUGAUUCUUGAUGAUAUUGAUGAAUUCGAACAGUUAAAAGCACUAGCUAAAAGCUGUGAUUGGUUUGGUCUUGGAAGUAGAAUUGUCAUCACAACAAGGAAUAAACAAUUGUUAGUAAGUCAUGGUAUUGAUAGUGAAAGUAUCUAUGAUGUCAAGGAAUUAAAUUAUGAAGAAUCUCUUCAAUUGCUAAAUUGGCAUGCCUUUAAAAAUGAAAAUGUGGAUUCCAACUACUUGGAGGUUUGCAAUCGUGCAAUACAUUAUUCUUGUGGCUUUCCAUUAGCUUUAGAAGUGAUUGGUUCUAACUUAUGUGGUAAAGGAGUCGAUGAAUGGAAUGAUGCAUUGGAUCAAUUUAAAGCAAUACCGUAUAAAGGAGUUUUGGAAGCAGUUCAAUUAAGCUAUAAUGCUUUAGAAGAAUUUGAAAAAAAAAAAAAUUCCUUGAUUUGGUCUGUUUCUUCAAUGAUUAAAGGAGAUUGUGUGAUCAUGCAUGACUUGAUAGAAGAUAUGGGUAAAGAGAUUGUUCGUCAUGAAUCACAAGAUGAACCUGGUGAACGUAGCAGGUUAUGGUUCCAUCGAGACAUUCUUCAAGUCUUACAACAUGACACAGAAACUAAUAAAGUUGAGGCUAUAGUUCUUGACUUACCUCAAGGUAAAGAAGUGCAAUGGAGUGGCAAUGCUUUCAUGAAGAUGAAGAAACUCAAAAUGCUUGUGAUCAAGAAUGCACGCUUUUCUAAAGGCCCCACAUAUCUCCCAAAUAGUUUAAGGUGGUUGGAGUGGAAGUAG